UAUUCGCGCAAAACUAUUUUUUUUUAGAGUAAAAUACCCGUAAAUUUCUGGCAUUAGAACCAUUGAACCAAGAAAAAAGUAGUCAAGGAAAAAACUCGGUAGGGCUUUUUGGCUUGGGAUCGAAGGUUGUGACCGGUCACCGGUGGUCAUCAUCAUCGUCAAUAACCUACUUCAAAGACUGAGUUCAGAAACAAAACUCGGUGUUUAUUUUCCACGUUCCCUUCUCGCGUGUCAUGUUGCUUCUUCAUCUUUCAUCAACCUCAUAAUCCUAAUUAGGGUUCCACACUGUAUUUAAAUUGGUUGCAUUUCUAGCACUAUUAUUAUUGCUAAAUAAUCAAUGGCGUCCGUUUACAUUCCCGUUCAGAAUUCGGAGGAAGAAGUUAGGGUUAAUCUCGAUCAACUUCCCAGGGAUGCUUCCGACAUCCUUGACAUCCUCAAGGCCGAGCAAGCUCCUCUUGAUCUUUGGCUCAUUAUCGCGAGGGAGUACUUCAAGCAGGGAAAAGUUGAUCAGUUUCGCCAGAUUUUGGAGGAAGGAUCCAGUCCAGAAAUUGAUGAUUAUUAUGCUGAUAUUAGAUAUGAGAGGAUCGCUAUCUUAAAUGCCCUUGGGGCUUACUAUAGCUACCUUGGAAAAAUAGAGACAAAACAAAGAGAAAAGGAGGAGCAUUUCAUUUUGGCAACACAAUAUUACAAUAAAGCAUCAAGGAUAGACAUGCAUGAGCCCUCUACUUGGGUUGGUAAAGGUCAGCUUUUACUAGCAAAGGGUGAAGUUGAACAGGCAUCUGCUGCAUUUAAGAUUGUGUUAGAUGGAGAUCGUGAUAAUGUUCCUGCACUUUUAGGCCAGGCAUGUGUUGAGUUCAACCGUGGAAGAUAUUCUGAUUCACUUGAGUUGUAUAAGAGGGCAUUGCAAGUGUAUCCCAAUUGCCCUGCAGCUGUGAGACUUGGCAUAGGACUGUGUCGCUACAAAUUAGGUCAAUUUGAAAAGGCGCGACAGGCAUUUGAGCGUGUUUUGCAGCUUGACCCGGAAAAUGUUGAGGCUCUUGUUGCACUUGCAAUAAUGGACUUGCGCACUAACGAAGCUGUUGGAAUUAGGAAAGGAAUGGUAAAAAUGCAGAGGGCAUUUGAGAUAUACCCGUACUGUGCAAUGGCUCUGAAUUAUCUAGCAAAUCAUUUCUUCUUCACUGGUCAACAUUUUUUGGUUGAGCAACUGACUGAAACUGCAUUAGCUGUUACCAAUCAUGGUCCAACAAAGUCCCACUCUUAUUACAAUUUAGCACGCUCUUACCAUAGCAAGGGGGACUAUGACAAAGCUGGGGUGUAUUACAUGGCAUCAGUCAAGGAAAUUAGCAAGCCCCAUGAAUUUGUGUUUCCUUAUUAUGGUUUGGGACAAGUACAAAUUAAGUUGGGAGAUUUUAGAAGUGCACUCUCAAACUUUGAAAAGGUUUUGGAGGUGUACCCGGAUAAUUGCGAGACACUGAAAGCACUUGCGUACAUAUAUGUUCAGCUUGGUCAGACUGACAAGGGUCAGGAGUUUAUAAGGAAAGCUACAAAAAUUGAUCCACGUGAUGCCCAGGCAUUUCUUGAACUUGGAGAAUUGUUAAUUUUGUCCGACACAGGAGCUGCACUGGAUGCAUUCAAAACUGCUCGCACUCUUUUUAAGAAGGGAGGUGAGGAAGUACCAAUUGAACUACUCAAUAAUAUUGGUGUUCUUCAGUUUGAAAGGGGAGAAUUUGAGCUUGCUAAACAAACUUUUAAGGAAGCUCUUGGUGAUGGAAUUUGGCUUUCUUUCUUUAGCGAGACAAAUAAAUCAUCCAUUGAUGCUGCUACUUCUACUCUUCAAUUUAAGGACAUGCAAUUAUUUCAUGACCUUGAAAGUAAUGGUCACCAUAUUGAUGUACCAUGGGAUAAAGUCACAGUACUCUUUAACCUGGGCAGGUUACUUGAGCAAUUAAAUGAAUCUGGAACUGCAAGCAUAUUAUAUCGCCUAAUCUUAUUCAAGUACCCAGACUACAUUGAUGCAUACCUGAGGCUAGCUGCUAUUGCAAAGGCUCGGAACAACAUUCUCUUAAGCAUUGAACUGGUUAAUGAUGCCCUGAAGGUCAAUGACAAGUGUCCAAAUGCAUUAUCUAUGCUUGGUGAGUUGGAGUUGAAAAACGACGACUGGGUGAAGGCAAAAGAAACUCUCCGGGCAGCUAGUGAUGCCACUGAUGGGAAGGACUCAUAUGCUACACUUUCUCUAGGAAACUGGAACUACUUUGCUGCAGUUCGCAAUGAAAAGAGAAAUCCAAAGCUAGAAGCUACUCAUUUGGAAAAGGCCAAGGAACUUUAUACAAGAGUUUUGAUUCAGCAUUCUGCUAAUUUAUAUGCUGCCAAUGGUGCUGCAGUUGUUUUUGCGGAAAAAGGCCAUUUUGAUGUUUCAAAAGAUAUCUUUACCCAGGUUCAAGAAGCGGCCAGCGGUAGUGUUUUUGUCCAGAUGCCCGACGUUUGGAUAAAUCUGGCACAUGUUUAUUUUGCUCAGGGGAAUUUUACUUUGGCCGUCAAAAUGUAUCAGAAUUGCUUGCGGAAGUUUUAUCAUAACACAGACUCACAAGUACUUCUAUACUUGGCUCGUACGCACUAUGAAGCCGAACAGUGGCAAGACUGUAUUAAAACUCUACAAAGAGCCAUCCAUUUGGCACCCUCGAACUACACAUUAAGGUUUGAUGCAGGGGUUGCAAUGCAAAAGUUUUCAGCAUCAACGCUUCAAAAGGCAAAGAGAACUGCAGAUGAGGUGAGAGCAACGGUUGCUGGACUACAAAAUGCUGUUCGUAUAUUUAGUCAGUUGUCUGCUGCUUCCAACCUGCAUAUUCAUGGAUUUGAUGAGAAGAAGAUAGACACUCAUGUUGGAUACUGCACCCACUUACUUUCAGCUGCAAAAGUUCAUCUUGAAGCAGCUGAGCGUGAGGAACAACAAAUACGGGAGAGACACGAACUUGCUCGUCAGGUUGCAUUGGCUGAGGACGCCCGGCGUAAGGCUGAAGAGCAAAGGAAAUUUCAGAUGGAAAGGAGAAAGCAGGAGGAUGAGAUAAAACAAGUGCAACAACAGGAGGAACAUUUUAAGCGUGUUAAGGAACAAUGGAAGAGCAGCACACAUUCGAAACGGAGGGAAAGGUCGGAUGAUGAAGAUGGUGGUGGGGCUGGCGAGAAAAAGAGAAGAAAAGGUGGAAAGAAGAGGAAGAAGGAUAAGCACUCAAAAUCACGCAAUGACACAGAAGAAAUGGAAGCUGAUAUGAUGGAUGAACAGGAAAUGGAGGAUGAUGCUGACAUGAACGAGCCCCAAACUCAGAUGAACGAUGUUGAAGAAAAUCCCCACGGUCUUCUUGCAGCAGCUGGACUUGAGGAUUCUGAUGCUGAAGAUGAGCCGGUUGGACCAUCCUCAACCAUUAGCAGGCGGAGGCAAGCAUUAUCAGAAUCUGACGACGAUGAACCAAUAAUGAGGCAAUCAAGUCCUGUAAGAGAAUAUUCUGCUGAUAUGCAGGAGAGCGAUGGAGAGAUCAGGGAUGAGGACAAGACACAUGGAGAUGAGGCCAGUGAUGAGGAGUAACAAGAUUGAACUUUUUAUACCACAAGUUAGAGAUCUAUUUCUGUCAAAUGGUUUCUUCCAGGGAAGUCAUUGUUCACACAUUUUUGGCGAUUCUUCUCAGUUGGCAAUAUGAUGUAAAUACUUACUACAAAAAGCUUUGGCAGGGCUGUUUAUUUUUUCAUAUAGAUUUGGUAGAGGGCUUUAUUUUUUAUGUCCCAUGUAAUGUAAAACAACAUUUUUUAUCCUAUUCAUAUUUCCUUAUUUAUUUCCUAAA